CUUUCUAAAUUUUCGUUACUGCCACAAUGCUGUUACAACACCUGCUCCCACAGAGUAAAUGAAAUGUGUGUUCUAUCAGAUCCAGUUUCUGAAUAUUUCAGAUUACCCUGCUCCUAUACCCACAUACACACACUUUUCUCUCUUUUAUUAACUAAUAUGUAAAUUAUAGGACCUCUAGGAGUUGUAGGCAGGUAAAGAAUGGAACUAUUUAUUGAAGCUAAAGGCCAGUUUGCAGUAAAGAUUUGUGAUGAGGUGAAACUAUUUUGAAGAAAAGUAACAGCAUUGUAAAUUACUGCCACUGGCUGUUAAAAGCUAGCCAGCUCUUGGAAAGUCCAUAAUAGAAUUGUUUUGUUCCUAGCUUACUGCUCUUUGAAUUGUACUUUCACUAAACGUUCGUUCUCAUUUAGGGGCAAGGAAUACCAGUGUAGCGGUCUUUGAUUAAAACUUUUUAUGCAAGGUGCACUGCCUCACCACUGAACAUCUGUGAUAUGACUAUGCGGUGUGUGCAUGCAUGCUCUUCUGCACUGUACAUUUUCACUUCUUAAAACAGGUUGUUUAUGCAAAGUUGUUUCAUUGGUCUUUUCCACUGCAGUAUUUUUUCAAGUCACGGAAUCGUAGAUACAGAUCUGUUUGGUCAUGUUUGGAGCUGGAUUGUAUUUGUUAUUAGUGCUGGAUCACCUUUGUGUGGUUAAGAUGAUAAAUCCUCAAUUCUAUCCUUGUGAUAGUAACACUGUUGAAAAUGAAGACAUGCAUGUCGACUGUAAGCACAGAGGCUUCACCAGCAUCCCCAAAUUCACGUCCCUUUUCGUUAUCUCACUUAACCUCAAUGAAAAUCUAAUACAUCAGGUAAAAAGUGAUGACUUCUCAAAUAUACCCAAUCUUCAGCACCUCAGUUUAAUGUGGAACUGUUUGCCAGGUCGUCUCAAGGCACUAAGAUUACCCUCGUGCAAAGUGACAAUUGACCAUAAUGCUUUUGUUAACCUGACAAAAUUGAGCUCUCUUCAUUUAGCUGGAAACAGCCUUAAGACUAUACCACAACUACCACAGAGUCUUGAGGUCCUAGGAUUGGAAUUUAAUAAUAUUUUCCGAAUUGAGCACCCUCUUAAGACACCUCUCCUUAAACAGCUACUUCUUGCUAAAAACUGCUACUAUGCCAACCCUUGUAAUGAAUCCUUCUUUAUUGAUCCACAAGUGUUUCAGGAUUUACCUGAGCUUCGGAACCUCACGCUUGGUUUUAACAAUGUGACAUCAGUUCCCACACAAUUGCCACGCUUAUUGGAAAAUCUUGACCUGAGAGAAAACAAGAUUACAGAGAUAAGAGAAGACUCAUUUGCCAACCUGACAAAACUCCAUUUCCUUAAUCUAGAGUGCAACUGCCAAAGGUGUGACCAUGCUGCUCAGCCCUGCUUCCCUUGCCCAAAUAAUGCAUCUUUAGGUCUGCACCCAAGUGCCUUCUAUGAUCAGAGAAACUCUCUCAUUAAACUCAAUCUGCGUGGAAAUUCACUCCAUUCCCUUCCUAAUAAUCUUUUUGCACAACUAAACAAACUUAAAAUACUUGAUCUUUCAGACAAUUUCCUAGCUUUCAGUAUCCGUAAUGGCACAUUUUUUAGUGAGCUGCAGGGUGUUGUGUCCCUUAACCUACUCUAUAACUAUCAGCCCCAGAAAACCUUUCAAGAGCUGAUCUUGUCACCUUCCAUUAGCAAGAUGAUUUCUUUGAGGAAACUAUAUCUAAGCGGAUUUUUUUUUCAUCAAUUGUCUGACUAUAGCCUUAAACCUCUGAUUAAACUGCCACAGCUCGAGUAUAUUGACUUGCGUAUGAACUUCAUGAGUUCCUGCAAUAUCACUUCAUUCGGCUAUCUGAAAGCCUUGAGAAUGGUGGUGCUUUCCCAGAACAUGCUUGCUUUCAACCCAUACUAUACAGCCAGCUCAACUGAUGUACAGUAUUAUUCCAUGGCAAUGAGUGAAUAUCACAGGGACGAGGACCUACAAAUUGAAGAAACCCCUGCCUUUAGGUCGGAGCCCUGGAUGAAAUCUUUGCAGUGCACUGAGGCAGACUGUCCAAAAAAUUAUACACUGUGUUAUUUUCAAAAGUGUCUCUGUUAUGGGGAACUAUUUUUUGACCUAUCUCAAAAUAAUAUCCCAUGGCUGAAUGCAAGUACUUUCAGAGGAAUGGAAGAAGCUGCAUGCAUAGACCUAUCCUACAAUUACAUGAGUCAAACUUUAAGUGGCCAUCAGUUCUACCCUCUUACAAAAUUGGUAUACCUCAAUAUGGCACACAACCGCAUUGACCUAUACUUCAAUGAAGCUUUCCAGGAGCUAAGGAACACGCUAAAAGUUCUUGAUCUCAGCAGCAAUGAAUUCCACUUUCUUAUGAGGGGAAUAGGUCAUCGCUUCACAUUCAUAUCAAAUUUAACUUCAUUAGAAGUUCUCAGUCUAGCAAAUAACAACAUUGGUAUUCGGAUCUCUAAUACUCUUAUUAGUAAAUCUCUGAAAUAUCUCUUCUUUUCUGGGAACCGGUUGGAUAUUAUGUGGGACACAAGGGGAGAUCAGUAUAUACACUUCUUUCAAGGGUUGACGAGCCUUACCUACCUUGACAUCUCUGACAACCAGUUAAUAUCAUUUUCUCCAGAGGCACUGGUCAACCUUCCUCUAAGUAUUCGUGUGCUCAGGUUGGACUCAAACCUCUUAAAUUACUUCCCCUGGAACAACAUCUCAGUUCUCAGUGAUCUCUGCUACCUAAACCUCAGUGGAAACUAUCUCUCUGUCCUACCAGACAGCAUUAUCUACUUUGGAGUAAAGCUCACAAGCCUGGACUUAAGUCAUAAUAGAUUAAGUGCAAUUCCAGAGUCUUUCUUCAGCCAGGCAACAGCCCUUAAAAACCUCAUGCUCAAUCACAACCAGCUGAAGAUCAUAGAAAACCUUAUUCUUCCACCUGCAUUACAGAAUGGCCAUACCACUUGUACUAUCCCUGAUACAGAGCAUAGAAGGAACAUUUCUUGCAAGCUGACAUUGCAUGCUAACCCUUUUAUUUGCAGCUGCACCACCGCUUGGUUUGCUGAGUUUCUGCGAGCAAGUCCUUUGGAUAUCCCACACCUCACUACAGAUGUUCGCUGUGGUUUCCCUGAGUCACAGACAGGAGUAAACAUCCUUUCCAUUGAUCCUCGCUCCUGCCAGGAGAUAUUUGGUAGCAUUGCCUUCCUCGUUACCUCCCUACUUACUAUAGCAGCAACUGCAAUACCCCUUUUGAAGCAUCUAUAUGGUUGGGAUUUGUGGUACUGUUUUCAGAUACUAUGGGCAGGACACAAAGGCUACACUCCACUUUAUGGAGAAAACAUGGCAAACAACCAGCAUGAUGCCUUUGUUGUAUUUGACACAAGGAACAAGGCAGUCAGGGACUGGAUCUACACUGAGAUGGUGAUGAACUUGGAGAACAAAGGAAGAUGGCGAUUUCAGCUUUGUCUGGAAGAACGAGACUGGUUACCAGGGUUGUCAUGCAUUGAGAAUCUACAUAGUGCAGUGUGCAAUAGCAGAAAGACAGUGUUUGUGCUGACUAACCAUGGCGGCUGUGCUUCACUGAAUGGGAUCAUAAGACAAGCCUUCCUCCUGGUCCAGCAAAGGCUUCUUGAUGAGAAAGUGGACGUUGCAGUGCUGAUUCUCCUGGAUGCUGUUUUUCCCAAGCUCAAGUAUCUACAGAUGAGAAAGAGGCUGUGCAGGAAGUCAGUUCUAUCCUGGCCUAAAAACCCUCGGGCCCAGCCUCUCUUCUGGAAUGACCUGCGUAUUGCCCUAGCCUCUGACAAUGUGAAAUCCUAUGAUAAAAAAGUUACAGAAAGCUUCCUGUCUUAUGAACUGUCAAAAAGCUGAGAUUUGCUGUUGGUGCUUAACGAGCCAAUCAAUUCUAAACUGACAACUUGAUUAAUAGCCUACCACACAGUCUAAUAUUUAUAUAUUUAUAAUGGAAGCCUAAGGGUAGUUGUUUAAUUUUACCAAGAAACAUUUAUUCAAUACACAUAUUUUUGUGGGCUUCAGCUGGAUAAAACUGCAUAGAAAUUAAAACAUUCUCCCAUGUAUCAUUCUAAGACAUUUGGAGUGUAUUGGUUUUAUUUUGAAUUUGCAUCAUGUAGUAAUAGGUUUUAUUUAUGUAGUACUAAUUUACAAAUUGCUUUAGAAAAACAUACACAUGUAGUCAUAUACUUGAAAUGUUUACUGGCAGAAGUCAACAACUACCUUUAGGGUUCUAUGAGAAGUAUGUUUCAAGUAAAUUCAAGUCAAGAUUAUUGUGUAUGGUAACUGGCAAUGCUCUGUAGAUGUGGUAAAUAUAAAUAAGAUUGUGAAACACUUUAAUAUUCCUUUAACAACACAUUCACAAGAGCUAUUUCAUACUUUUACAGAUAUAAAAUGGUUUAACAUCAAUUGUAAAUAUUUUAAAAUACUUCCUUAAACAAUACUUAUUUAAGCUUCAUAACAAAAUUAUGUUCAGAGGUAGAUGUUUUGGAUUAUUAAUCAUUUAUAUGAUCAUGCUUUAUAUGAAGGUAUCUGUUUAUAACAUUAUCUCUGUAUAUUUUUAGAUAACACAUGAAAGAAAAAUCAAUAUAGUUUAUGAAAAUGUUUGUAACCUUUUGAUGCUGUUUUCUUUUCCUAAUACUGGCUGUAUGAAAACAUAAUGAAACCACCUACUUCUUGUACAGAAAUUCUUUUUCUAAUGUGCAUGCUUUCCCCCUAAUAAUAAGGAGGAGGAGUUUUUUGUUUCACUUUGGUUUGGACCUUUUGAGAUCCAUACAGAUGUAUCUCCAUCUCCAACCACAGCUGCUCAUUACAGGCUUGUUUCAAAUUUACAUAUAGCCAUAACACCACCUGCCUUUUGACUUGAGCGCUCUUAUUUUCUAUGCAUUUGAAAGCUUUGUUUUUUCAUGUAUUCAAACACAUGAUAUUAUAUCUCUAC